GAAUGGAGCUGCCGGGUUAGAGAGAGAGAGAGUGUGUUUAGAGAGAGAAAGCGGACACCGAGAGAGAGAGAGAGAGAGGCCCCAAAUGCUUCGGCGCCAGGAACGAGUCCAGCAAACAGGACCCCUCCUCCUCCCCUCAAACAUUCCCUGCAACUCGAGGAAGCCCUAAAUCGCGAUGGCCCCUCCCCCCUAAAGAAAAAACCCUAGAUUUUCAUCUUCUCUCUCCCCGUUUUUCUCUCAGAUCGGAUCGUCAUCAAGUCAAUUAGGGUUUCCUGGCUUUCUUGAGAGAGAGAGGAAUAGCUAUUGGAAUCUGUGAAAAGAGAGGGAGAGAGGGAGGUGUGAGGGUGGGGAGGAGAGAGAAAGAUGCCUUCUCACGCAGAUCUGGACCGUCAGAUCGAGCAUCUAAUGGAGUGCAAGUUCUUGCCUGAAUCUGAGGUGAAGGCGCUUUGUGAGCAGGCUAGGGCGAUUUUAAUGGAGGAGUGGAAUGUUCAGCCCGUGAAGUGCCCUGUAACUGUAUGCGGAGAUAUCCAUGGACAGUUUCACGAUCUCAUCGAGCUCUUUCGAAUUGGUGGAAAGGCUCCGGAUACAAAUUACCUUUUUAUGGGAGAUUACGUAGAUCGUGGAUAUUAUUCUGUUGAGACGGUGACAUUAUUGGUAGCCUUAAAAGUUCGCUAUAGAGAUAGAAUUACGAUCUUGCGUGGAAAUCACGAGAGUCGUCAGAUUACCCAAGUGUACGGGUUCUAUGAUGAAUGCCUAAGAAAAUAUGGAAAUGCGAAUGUCUGGAAGUAUUUUACUGACCUUUUCGACUAUUUGCCCCUCACGGCCCUUAUUGAGAGUCAGGUCUUCUGUUUGCAUGGUGGCCUCUCCCCAUCUUUGGAUACAUUAGAGAACAUUCGUGCAUUGGAUCGUAUACAAGAAGUUCCACAUGAAGGGCCUAUGUGCGAUCUUCUAUGGUCUGAUCCAGAUGAUCGAUGUGGAUGGGGUAUCUCCCCCAGAGGAGCUGGCUACACAUUUGGGCAGGACAUUGCCGCCCAGUUCAACCACACAAAUGGCCUCACCCUUGUUGCAAGAGCACAUCAGCUUGUCAUGGAAGGCUUCAAUUGGUGCCAGGACAAGAAUGUGGUUACCGUGUUUAGUGCCCCGAACUACUGCUAUCGCUGUGGGAACAUGGCGGCAAUAAUGGAGGUUGGAGAGAGCAUGGAACAAAGAUUCCUUCAAUUUGACCCCGCUCCAAGGCAGAUCGAGCCCGACACAACUCGCAAGACCCCCGACUAUUUUUUGUGAUCCCCUACAUCUUUCUGUCUCUAUCUCUCUCUAUUCGUGCUUUCCACGAGUCACAUUCCUACUGUGCUUGUGUAGAUGUGUCUUAGCAUAGAGAGGAGUUAUGAUGGUGAGGGAGUCAUUCUUUUGUUUGGAGUUGUGCUGCUCUUCUUUCUGCUGCUUCUGUUGUUUACUAAGUAAAGGAAGAAAACUCUCAGAGAGCCUUUAUUGUGAAGAGGAAGCAGCAAUAACAGACCCAUUUCUCUCUUCCCCUGUGUCACCACUGAAUAGAAGCUCUGCUCAAGAUGGUCACGUUACCGAUAAAUGAGCUGGUAGUGAGAAACCACAAGCAAAGAGUUUCUUGGUGUUGUUCUUCUGUGUGGUUUAUUGCACGGGAUUGAAAAACACUAUUUUGAGAGGCAAAUAAUAGUGUUUAGGGGUUCUAUUGAGCUUUAGCCUCUUUGUCAAGUUUUUUUGUUUUUUUUUGUAUGUAUGAAAGGAGAACCCCGCUAGAGAGAGCGAGGAGAGUAUUGUCGGGCUGCAGCUCGUGGCCGGGGCCUGACACUGAGUAUGCUUUUGUAUUAGGUUGUUUGCUUUUUGGGGUUUGUGAUAAUUCUUUGUUUUUCAUUUUCUUUUUCAUUGGGUGAGUUUGUUUCAUUCUCUCUUAUAGAUUUAUGAUUGUAGACUCAGCUUUUUAUCAUGAACAGUGAUGGUGCUUUGGCCAUUUAAGACUCUACAAAUGAAGCCUGUGCAAUACAAAGGACACUGCUUAUGUGAACACAUGAUUUGUGUUCCAGAGGGAUUGUUUCUGGUCAAAGAAGAAAUGAAUUGUUCUAUUGUCA